AGCUACUGUAUAGCUCCCAUUCAGAAACCUGGAUUGAAACAGUCCCUUGCCAGUUGCCUUCCCAGUUAGCCAGCCCCCCACCUCCCGGGCCAGCUCCAGGGAUCGCUGGUGCCACCAGGGGCAGCUCUUAUGAGACCCUCAAAGACAUCCCAGCGCUACAGAAGCAUCCGGAGAAAUGCUAGCCAGCACUUCCUCUACCAGGAGUCCCUGCUGCUCAGCAACCUGGGUGACAGCUUCAAUGGUGAUGAAGCAGGGGACAGCAGUGACCCAGAGCAAAUCUUCCAGAACAUUCAGUUCCAGAAGGAUCUCAUGGCAAAUAUUCGCUGCAGACCCUGGACGAUGGGAGAGAAACUGAGGGCAUUAAGACGAGCCAAAGAUAUUGUGCUGAAGUUCGAAGGGAGGCUGACCAGGACCCGAGGCUACCAAGCAGCAGGCGCAGAGCUCUGGCGGAAAUUUGCUCGGCUGGCCUGUAACUUUGUGGUCACCUUCAUUCCCUGGGAGAUGAGGAUAAAGAAAAUCGAGAGUCACUUUGGAUCAGGAGUGGCCUCAUACUUCAUAUUCUUGAGAUGGUUAUUCGGAAUUAAUAUUGUGCUCACAAUUAUGACAGGUGCUUUUAUUGUCAUUCCAGAGCUGAUUGCAGGGAAGCCCUUUGGAAGCACAACCAGCAAGACCAUCCCCCGGGAGCAGGUCGCGUCUGCCCAGGACCUGGACACCGUUUGGUCCCUGGGGGGUUACCUCCAGUACUCAGUCCUGUUCUACGGCUACUACGGCAGGGAGAGGACGAUCGGAAGGGCCGGCUACCGGCUGCCUUUGGCGUAUUUCCUGGUGGGGAUGGCAGUGUUCGCUUACAGCUUCAUCAUUCUUUUAAAAAAGAUGGCCAAGAACUCCCGCACCAGCCUAGCCAGUGCUUCCAACGAAAACUACACCUUCUGCUGGCGGGUGUUUUGUGCCUGGGAUUAUCUCAUUGGAAAUCCAGAGGCUGCAGAGAGCAAGACAGCUGCCAUUGUGAACAGCAUCAGGGAGGCGAUACUGGAAGAACAGGAAAAGAAGAAAAGCAAAAACCUGGCAGUGACCAUCUGCCUGAGGGUCAUUGCCAACAUCUUAGUGCUCCUGUCGCUGGCUGGGAGCAUCUAUCUCAUCUACUUUGUGGUGGACCGGUCCCAGAAGCUGGAGCAGUCCAACAAGGAGCUGACACUUUGGGAAAAGAAUGAGGUGAGCGUGGUGGUCUCCCUCGUCACCAUGUUAGCACCAUCUGCCUUUGACCUCAUUGCUGCCUUGGAGAUGUACCAUCCACGAACCACGCUACGCUUCCAGCUGGCCAGGGUCCUGGUGCUGUACCUGGGAAACCUCUACAGUUUGAUCAUUGCUCUCCUGGACAAAGUGAACAGCAUGAACACUGAGGAAGCUUCUGCCAAAAACACCAGUCAUUGGACAGACUCUUCCUCCUUUGCCACCAGGACAGCCCCUGAAGAAGGGGAGUGGUCCACACCCCAGUCGGGAGCAGGGCUCAGGAGAAACAGCACAUGGGGCUUGGAAGAGACUAGUUUUCCAGCGUACACUGUGUCACUUACGAGGGCCAACAAGACCACGCUGUACACCCAGAGUCCCCAAGGCCAGUGCUGGGAAACAUAUGUUGGACAGGAGAUGCUGAAGCUGUCAAUCAUAGACAUGCUCUUCACCGUGGCGAGUAUCCUGCUCAUCGACUUCUUCCGAGGACUUUUCGUUCGCUACUUGAGUGACUACUGGUGUUGGGACCUAGAAAGCAAGUUUCCAGAAUACGGGGAGUUCAAGAUCGCCGAGAACGUGCUGCAUUUAGUCUACAACCAAGGGAUGAUUUGGAUGGGGGCCUUCUUCUCCCCGUGUCUUCCAGCAUUCAAUGUCCUCAAACUCAUCGGCCUCAUGUACCUGCGCAGCUGGGCCGUGCUGACCUGCAACGUGCCCCACCAGCAAGUGUUCCGAGCCUCCAGGUCCAACAACUUCUACUUGGCCACGCUCCUCUUUAUGCUGUUCCUGUGCAUGCUGCCGACUGUCUUUGCCAUUGUCCGAUACAAGCCAUCUCUGAACUGCGGCCCAUUCAGUGGACAACAGAAGAUUUAUGACAUUGUGCCGGAGACCAUUGAGAACGACUUCCCUGUGUGGUUCCGCUCCGUCGUGGGGCACAUCAGCAGUCCUGUGGUCAUCCUCCCUGCCGUACUGCUUCUGUUCAUGCUCAUCUACUACCUCCAGAGCAUCGCGAGGUCCCUGAAGCUCAGCAACCAGCAGCUCCGGAUGCAGAUCCAAAAUGCCAGAUCUGAAGAUAAGAAAAAGGUUGCCCAAAUGGUAGAAGCUCGAAUUCAGACCCAGGAGGAAAGCAUCAAGAGACUUCCGAAAGACAGCGAUCUCUCCAGCCCACUGUCCUCUGUGCGCAUGGUGACACCCCAGAACAAUGGCAGUGCAGUCCAUUUCAACUCACUCAGCAGCAAGAGCAGCCGGACAGAGGCCAUCACCAGACCCAUGCCCCAGAGUCCUAGGCUGGGGCACAAGGGUCCCUGCUCACCUCUUCCUGGCAUCUCCAAAUCAAGGCCAGAGCUGGAUACUAACAGGUAUCAGCGUGGCCCGAGUGCAAGCACAGGUGACCUUCACAGAAACAGAUCUGGCACACCUGUGACAUUUACACAGCACAUCCAAGACAUUCACUCCGAACCUCUCUUCCGAAAAGACUUGAAGCCAGUCACCCCUCUUCUUCAUGGGCCUAGGGUCUCGGCCUUGGUGGCACCUGGUCAUAGACCCCGUACUCCCAGAUACUAUCUCAUUAAUGAACGUGCCCCUCACCAAAAACCCCAUCCAACUUUUUGGCCAGAAAGACAUUUCAAGAUAGAUGCUUCAGGUGACUUUGUAGAGGUGUACCCCAGAAACAUACAACAAUGCAUGUCCUGGGCCCCCCACCAGUCUCCUUCUCCACUGUUGAGUGAGGAAGAGGGGGAGAUGCUUGGGAGAGAUUUGGUCCAGUGGUCAUUCCCCUCUCGCUCCCUGAUAGACCUCCCUCGGGCUCCUCAUUUUUAUAUUGGUGAAAAGUCAGGUAGUGACAUCUUCCCUGAGCACCAGGAAAGUAUGUAUUACAGGUCUGGGAAAGAUGACUUUGUAGGUCAACGUGACGGGUCCAGGUUUAUGCACAAAAAGCCACGUUCCCGAAACUUCCAAUACCCACCUCAUCUUGUGAAGCCCAGAAUCAAGGCCAACUUAGAGCCAUCCUUCACAGAAUCUGAUUCCAUGUCAGCAGCAUCCAGCAGUGACCAGCAGAACAGCAGCACUGACCAGUUCCUGCAAACCAUCCAUAACCAGGGAAAGUUCCCAAGACCUGCUGGUCAACUCAGCAGGAAGAAAGCCAAGUCCAGGCAAGCACUGACGGCCGAUCUGAAUGACCUGAUUUGUUCAAAUGUCUAG